AUGAAACACCUGCGCGAGGUGAGCGAACGCGAGGGCGGCAAUCUGCUGUUCCUGAACGCCGGCGACCACUUCCAAGGGACCUUCUGGUACACCAUCCUCAAGUCGGAGGUGGUGGCGCAGUUCGUCAGUCUGAUGGAGCACGACGUGAUGGCCAUCGGCAACCACGAGUUCGACGACGGCCCCGAGGAGCUGGUCUCCUUCAUCCGCAAGGUGAAGCUCUCCGACCGGCGGCGGAUGAGCAUCCUCAGCUGCAACAUCGUGGUCAACAAUGGCAGCGAGCCGCUCGCCGGGCUCAUCGAGCCGUCCACGGUGAAGACCAUCGGCGGCCUGCCCGUCGCUAUCAUUGGCUACACCACACCGGACACAAAGUUCCUCUCGAAACCAGGGAAGACGGUCACCUUCCGCGACGAGGUGGUGGCCAUUAAGGAGGAGAUCGCCCGCCUCAAGGCCCUCCACCCACAGCUGAACAUCUUCAUCGCCGUCGGGCACUCUGGCUACGAGCGCGACCUGGAGAUCGCCGCCGCCAUCGCCGACCUGGACCUGGUGGUGGGCGGACACAGCAACACCUUCCUCUUUCCACAAAGCAAUGGUGAUCAGCCGCCACCGCCUUCCACGGAAAAGGUCGAGGGCGACUACCCGACGGUGGUCAACCACACCGACUCGGGCGAGCGGACGCUGGUGGUGCAGGCCUUCGCCUACGGAAAGUACCUCGGCAAGCUCGACCUGGUCUUCGAUGAGGCGGGGCGGGUGGCCAGCUACGAGGGCCGGCCCAUCUUUCUCAGCACCGAGUUUGUCGAAGAUCCGCAGACGAAGCAGCUGGUGGAGAGCCUGAGCGGCCAGCUGAACGCCGACCUGGUGAAGGUGAUCGGCUUCACCGAGGUGGACCUCGACGCGGACACCUGCCGCUACGCGGAGUGCAACCUGGGCAACCUGAUCACCGACUCCAUGGCGCGCUACUUUGCCCGCAGGUACUUUGACCAGAGGCAAAACAAAGAUGAAGAAACAAUGGUCUGCAACAGCACACUGGCCAUCCUCAACGGCGGCAACAUUCGCAUGAGCAUCAGCGCGGGAAACAUCACCUACAAGUCGGUCCUCUCGACGCUGCCCUUCGGCAACCAGCAGGGCGUCCUCCGAGCGAACGGCUCCGAGCUGAGGGCCGUCUUUGAGCACUCGGCGAGGCAGUUCCGCCGCGGCGGCUUCAUGCAGGUCUCCGCCGGCCUGCGCGUCACCUACCGCCACACCGGGGCAGCUGAUGAUGAUAACCUCCAUCACGUGGAGCUGGCGGAGGUGGAGGCGCUCUGCCAGGACGGCUGGGCGCCCCUUGAUGGCAGCGGCAAAGUGUACCUGGUGGCGCUGAAUGAGUUCAUCGCCAAGGGCGGCGACAACUACACGAUGAUCAGCUCGGAGGGCUGGGUCGACUACCAGCUGACCGACCUGGAGACCUUCACCCGCAGCAUCCAGGGGGCGCCCAAUGCCACGGCCCAG